GUUAAAAUAUUAGGCUAUAAAGAAAUUCAACCAAAUAAAGAAAUGUAACUUCAUAGAUUUUCAAUUGUAUCUCAAAGCCGUAAAGAUUAGUAGAGUAAUGCUGUUGCUAUCAAAACAUAACACAAGUGCUAAUGCAUUCAGUUAUAGUUGAGUCUUCGAGCAGUAAACAUUUGUAAAGUUGUGACAAUGGUGACGAGGCAGAUAACCUCCGAGCUUCCUGAAGAGUUUAAAGCUGGAACUAGCGGUCCGAAAGUGGGCGUGCGACACUUGCAAGCUGUGCUUUUAUUCUUCGGUUUCUGUGUGUCGUUUAUGCAGCGUUCCAAUCUCUCUCUGGCCAUAGUGGCAAUGAUGGAUCGGAAUUCCACAAACCCAGACUUUCCGGAGUAUGCCUGGUCGGAGCAAACAAAAUCACUGCUAUUGAGCAGCUUCUUUUGGGGUUACCUCGUCAUGCAGAUACCCUCCGGUAUGCUGGUACAGCGCUUUGGCGGUAAAGUAGUGUUGCUUUGCGGUGUCGGGAUUACAGGAAUUCUCGCCUUACUUACGCCCUACAGCGCUCAACUGGGCGAUUGGCAACUCACUUGUGGCUUACGUGUUGUGCAAGGCUUCUGUCAAUCUGUCUUAUAUGCUUCUGGGCAUGCAAUUUUAGGCCAAUGGGCGCCACCAGCUGAACGCGGCAUUUUAACAACCAUUUGCUAUUCCGGCCCACAAUUCGGAACGAUCGUCAUAAUGAGUAUUGGUGGCAAAUUAGCCACUUCACAGUUUGGAUGGCCGAGUAUUUUCUAUAUUUCUGGCGGUUGUGGUAUUAUCUGGUCUUUUGUAUGGCUGCUGUGUGGCGCUAAUUCUCCACGUCAAUCCAAAUUAAUAUCAUCAAGGGAGCGAAAUUACAUCGAAGCAGCAUUAGCGGAGAUUUCUGAGAGUGAAAAUAAUGCCACCACAGCUAAGUUAACAACACCAUGGUUGAGCAUAUUCAAAUCGGUGCCGUUUUGGGCGCUAAUGAUCUGUAAUUGUACAUAUAAUUGGGGCUUUUCGACAAUGAUGACACAAAUACCCUCGUACUUUAAAAAUGUGUACAAUCAGGAUAUCCAAAGUAAUGCCUUGCUCUCCGCCCUACCGUAUGCCGUUAAUGUCGUACUCGGUCUGUGUUUCUGUGCCCUUGCGCAUAAACUGCUAUCUGCGAAAGUGACUAGCACGAAUGCCAGUCGGAAGAUUUUCAACACGAUCGGCAUGUGGAUUCCUAUGGCGGCCAGCAUUGCGCUGGGUUCCAUCGAUGCUGAUCAACCUGAUUUGGCCGUUAUUCUAUUAACGGUGGCAGUGGGUGUCAACUCAGCAACAUUUUUAGGUGCAAUGGUGAGUGUUAUUGACUUAUCGCCAAAUUUCGCCGGCACACUGAUGAGCAUUACAAACUUUGCGGGUACUAUGCUGAGCAUUAUUGCACCGUUAGUGGUUGGAGUUAUUGUGACAGAUGCGACAAACCCAAAUCAGUGGCGCUAUAUUUUUUACAUUGUGGCGUUGUUGUAUUUUAUUGGCAACUUACCGUUUUUAAUUUUGGGUAGCAGCAAAUUGCAGCCGUGGAACGAACCGGUGCAACGAAAUGCAAAACGUGUUGAGCGAAACGCGGAGAUUGGCAGAGGUGCGUAAAAGUAACCUCAUAGAAAAGAUAUUGGAUACAAGCAUAAAUAUUCUAAUUAUAGCUAAUUUUUAAUUUGUGUUUUUUGCUUUUAAUGGUAUCUUUCAUUUAUAUUAUAUUUUUUGUAUAUUUUUCAUUUCAUUUGCUUUAUUUUGGUUGACCACAAAUUACCGUUUUUACUAUCAGAAUUAAAUGCAGUAUUUUUAUUAUGAUACGUUUA